AUGCCUUCAAUAACAAAGCUAUGGCUCUCCACUCUAAAGGACCCCAACUGCGUCUCCACGCCUGAAUUCCAACAACUCAUCACCGAGCUGCUCGAUUUCUGCUCUUCGUACACGAAUCCAACGAAAGAUGCGAGAGCCCCAUCCAUGCACGCAUUCUUCCAAGAUACUCAGGAUCCAUCGAAGCUCUUCAUGAUCACCGGGUACCCCUCACAGGAGAUGAAUACAGAGGCAGAUAAGGUAUACGCGGAGCGAUAUCUGCCCCGUAUGUUCAAAUUCGUUCAGCAUAAGGCGCUCUACCAGAUUGACGUUGAUGUUCGAACACUGCCACUGAAUGGCCAGGUUGUCGUUGCCGUGGGCAAGAAUCCCGAGCAGUGGAAGGAUGAGAAGAGCGUUGGUGCCUGGGAUUAUUGGCGCGAGACACGGGGGAUCAAGGUCGAGGAGGCGGAUAAGCUGUGGGUACAGGUUGAGGAGUGGGAUGAGAGUUCUGCUGGGGCUUCGACUUCGACUCCUAUUGAUGGCGGGGUGAUGCGUCUAAAGAAUAUCGGGAGCUCGUGA